AUGGCAUCUCCCAAUAAGUCAACUAUAAAGGGAGGUGGUCAAUCAGAAGAUGGUGGACCAAAAGAUAUUAAUGUUACUUCACCAAUACCUAUAAGAAAUUUAAAUCCUGUUAUAGAUCAAUUAAAAUAUAAUAAUAAUAAUAAUAAUGAAACUAGUAAUAAUAACAAUAUAGAUUCAAGAUCUUUUACUCCAAAUACUUGGGGUUCUGUUCAACAACAUUUAACUAGAAGGCCAUCUUAUAAUACUAUAGUAACAUCAAGAGAAAAACAUUAUAAUUUAGACUACCCCAAAAACAUAGAAGAAUUAUUAAAAUUACAAUUAGACCCCACAUCAAGAUUUUAUUCAAGAUCUAGACCAAGAACUUUAAAAUUACCUUCAUUAUUACCUUAUGAAAUUGAAAACCCAGAAGAACAAGCAAAAUUUUUAAGUCAUAUUAUAUCUCAUUUAUAUAUUGCCAUUAAAUCAUUAGAUAUUCAAGGUUCAUUAUCAAUAAGUGCAAAAGAUUUAGCAGCAUUAAAAGAUUCAAUUUCAGAUGUUGAUUUGGCAUUAGAAACUAAUUUAUUUGAAAUGAAUACUACUACAGAAGAAGAUGAAUCAGAACCAAUUGAAGAAAUUGAUAGUUCAGAUGAAGAUAUGGAUAGUUCAGAUGAUGAAGAAAUUUCAGAAGAAUCAGAUGAUGAUGAUAAAGAUGCAACAAAUCAACAUAAAAAAUCACCAAAAUCAGCAGCAGUUGUUAAUGUAAGAACAUGGACUCAUGAAUUAUUAAUAUGGAUGAAAAUGAAAUAUGAUAUGCCAUUAAGUUUAAGAGUCAAUUUAGCAAAAGUUUAUUACGCAUUAUGUCUUUGUCGUGGACAACAUGUAAACCUAAAGGCUUAUGUAAGAGUAUUUGAAUUAUUAGUAAGUGAUCAAAAAUUAUUACUUGAUGCAGGUUUACAUUUAUCUUGGAUAGAUUUAUAUAAAGAAUUUCAACAUUUAUUCCCAUCACCAACUUAUCCACUUGAAAAAAAGGAUCAAAAAUAUUUAUCAAAAUUAGCAUCAAAAGCUUCUCCAUUUUUUGAUCCAAAAAGUUUACCAGAAAUUUUCGCCAAAAUUGGAAAUAAUUUUUCUCCAUUAGUAUCAGCAUUAACUAUUUCUGCAUUACCAUUACUUCCUACAACUUUUGGCAAUGGAGUAAAAGAUCCUUAUGAUAUCCGUCAUUACAUUGAACCAUUGUUUCACAUGUGGUUAAAGUUAAAUAAAAAUAAAGAUUUAGAAGAUCAAAUUACAUGUAGAUUGGGGAUAAUUGCAAUGGAAACUUUAACUAAAUUAAAUUAUGAAAAAAUAGAAUUAGGGAAGUACGGAUUAUUUACGGAACAUCAAAUGGGAUUUUUAUUCAAUGAUUUAUUAAACAGUUUAGGUAUCAGAAUUCAAAAAUUUUCAUCGAAAAAAGUGAAGUACUUCCAUGGAUUUGCAUCAACUAUUGUUUUUUCAAUCACUGAUUCUUCUUCAGAUAUUAUUUAUUAUAUUAAAUCAUUAAUAAAUGCUAUAGAAAGUUAUAUACAUCCUUCAAACACGGGUGAUUGGACAAGACCAAUUUCAAAAUUUAUUUUAGCUAUAAUUUAUCAAUUUCAUAAAAGAUAUAAUAUGGAAAAUGAAAAAGAUGGUUUACUUUGUAAUAUUCCAGUAAAAUUAAGCAAAGUAGUUGUUAAAAAGUUUGUUAAAAUUAUGCUUCCUGUGGUGAAGAUCGGUAUACAAUCUAAAAAAGGUGAUGCAUCAGCAGAUUAUCUUUCAGCAUUAAAUCUUUUAUCAUUAUUAGAACCAGAAUAUGUGUUGGAAAAUACUUUAUUGGAUAUUUAUGAAUCAUUGGAAGGUGUAAUUUCAACUCAUAGAGUACUAAAUGCAUUACGUAUUAUAGAUUCAUUAUCAAGACUGCUUGUAUCAACCCCAAUUUAUAGAGUUCAUUUAACUAGAAUACUACUGUUAACUAUUCCAGGAAUUGAUUCAAAUGAUUUAAUGAAAACAUUACAAACUUUAGAAGUAUUUUCAGCUAUUGCAAAUUUCACACCAAUUUAUAAUUUAAAUGAAUAUGAAGAUACUUCAUUAGCAAUAGAAUUUACUCAAAAUCAUAUAGAGCACCUUAAGAGAAAAAUUUAUGAAGAUGAAGAAUUUAAUGUUGAUGAAGAAAUGGAAAUUGCUGCAUUAAAAUCAUCAACUUCAGCUUUUAAAGAUAUUUUUAAAUCACUUGCACAAAGAAUACCGCCAUUAUUGGAGAAUUUACCAGAUCCAGCAAAAAGUUCAGGUAUGGAAAAAGAUUUAGCUAUAUCAUUACCAAAAUUUUUUUAUGUCAUAUUUGAAUCAAUGUCAGAUGAAAUUUUUAAAAUAUUCAAAGAUGAAAUUUUUGAUUUUGUUUUCAACAAUGUACAUCACUUAAUAGCCACAACAGUUGGUGAACUUUGUGGUGCAAUGAUUAAAAGAGAUCCAAAAUGUUUUAAAUUAAAUGCAACUAUUUUAAUGGAAAAAAUAAGAGAUGAAAUUGAUGAAAAUGGUGCUGGUGCUUCAAGAAGUAUUGAAAUUGUACCUAGAGAUCAAGCUUUAUAUUGGUAUUUAACUAUAUUCAAUUAUUGUGCUGGUAAUGCCGGUAAACAAUUAACCAAAAUGCCAGAAUUAAAAGAAUUUUCAUUCUAUUUAAUGAAUCAUCUCGAGGGUGCUUGUGUAGGAGAUUCAGCAUCUUUAGUAUAUCAUAUUUUACAAAGUAUUACUAAAAUCAGACUUCAGGAAAGUAGAUUAAUUUCACCAGAAUAUGAGAAUGAAUAUGGUAUUAAUGAAAAGUGUUGGGGUGGAUUUUGGGAUUCUGAAAAAAGAUUUGAAAAUAUUAAAUUCGACUGGUUUAUACCUACUGAAAAUGAAGUUAAAUUUGCAUAUAAUUUUUUCAAUGAUCAUAUAAUGAAAUGUAUUGAGAAUGUUACAGCUUUAAUGAAAGAUCAUGAAAAUCAACCAACAAAUAAUUCAAUCUUGGUGAUAGAUGAAAUAAGAAAAAAUUUAUUCUAUUUUAAUAACUCACUAAGUGGUGUUGCUUUUUUAUUAGAUCCAUCAUUUGAAGAAGACAUCCCAAAUAUUAAUCAUGAAGCGGAAACUAUUCAACAAAGAUUAGCAUUAUUGAAAAAAAUUAGAAAUGCAAAUGUUUCAUCUCAAAAGGAUAAUAACACAUACGAUGAAAAAGUUUCUAGAAAUAUGCAACAAGUUAUAGAAGAUUUGAAAGAUGAAAACCUUUUAGAUUAUAUAACGGGUUUUGAAAAUAUUGGAAAUACUGAGGAAUCACCAAAACCAAAAUCACCACAUAAAUUAGAUAAAUUAGUCAUACCGAAAGAAACUUCACCAGCAUCAGGAAGAGAGACACCAAGAGUGGAAGGAGUUCAUAUGUCAUCAAUAAAUCCAGCUAUAACGUUCAGAGAAAAAAGCUUAUACACCUCCAACUACUUUUUUGGUAACACCAAGAACAAAAAAUUUAACGAUUUAUAUUUGAAAAUUCACAAAACGAGAUAUUUAGUAGGAAGAAGUUUACAUUAUAUUUGCAAAUUUCUAAUCAACAAUUUUCAUGAUAAUACAAGAAUUUUUAGGUAUUUAUUAAACACCAUAAACAUUUGGAUAUCGGAUGUUGGAAGAGAAAGACUUUAUAAUUCAGCAACUGCAGAAAUUGAUUAUGGUUAUGUUAGUUUCCUUCAAACAAUAAAUAGAGUUAGAAAGCCAUUUACAAGAAUUGCAAUUGGUGCAAGAUUAGAAGCAUAUCAUCAAUCAAGACUAUCAUUGCAUGCUACAGCAAGAUCAGAAACUAGUUUAGAUCGUGUUUUGGUGGAAGAUGUUAUAAAUUUAUCUGGUUCCACUUAUGCCACGAUUUCAGGAAGUGCUCAAAAAGUCUUAUUGGAUUGUAUGAGAAGAAUUUCUGGUAGUUAUAGUCAUAUUGUUAGAUCAACUGUUAAAAAUCUUACUAAAGCUUUGGAAGCAAAAGAUGAUAAAGAGAUUGAAAGUAUAUUGAAAGUACUUAAUUUAAAAAGAAUUAAAGCUAAAUUAAGUAAUGAUUAUAUCAAUUUACAAAAAUAUUUAGACCUACUUGAACGUUGUUUACAAGUAGAUGAACAAAAAGUUAAUAAAGUCGCACAAAGUUUGUUCAAUGGGAUAUGUAAAGGUUUAUCAACACCAAAUUAUACUUGUUUAAUUGAUCAUGAAGCUAUAGAUUUAAUUAGACCACCAGAUCAAUAUAUUGAUUUAGAAAUCAAAGCAGUACAAUUAGCAAAAGAUAAAAAGAGAAAGUUAUAUUUCGAAAAAUUAAAGAAAUUAGAAGAUAAAAUAUUGGAAGAUGAUAAAUCAACAUUACAUUGGAAACUUACAUUACAGAAUCAAGAAUUUUUAACAAAUCUUCAACUGCAUUUAGAUAUUCAAUUAAGAGGAGAUAUAUUAGAAAAAUUAUUUUAUCAAGCUGCUGGUGAUCAUCCAACAAUUUCAAGACAAGCAUUAUUUGGAAUAUUCAGAUUGAUUGAUAAACUUCGAGUAAUAAGUUCAAUAAAAUAUAAUCUAAACAAUGCAUAUGAUUUGGAUUAUUUACCUGAAAAUCUUUUAAAAGUUGAUACUACUGGUUCAUACACAUCCAAAUGGUUUAAAGAAAUGAGUGAUGAAAAUCCUGAAUUUUAUAUUGAUACAAAACCAAAUUCUGGUUGGUUAUUCUGGGGUGACAGCAUAUUAGUUGAAUCAUCAAAACCAAAUUAUAAAUGGAAAAUUAAUGAAUUAGAUCAUUCAGCAUUAGUAAGAAUUGGAUUAUUAAUUGAUAAAGAAUGGUUUUUGAAAAUAGUUAAAAUGUGGGUUGCAGAAGCAGAAAAUAAUAAUGCUUUCCAAAUUAUUGAUGUACAAAUUACAAGUACAUUAAUUUAUUUAAUUUCAAAUGAUUACACACCAAAUUUAACUUUCACUGAAUUAUUAUCAGUAGUUGAUGAUAUUUAUGAACCAGAUGAAAAAAGUGCUCAUAUUGUAACUUGUGAAUUAUUAGCAGGUAUACUAUUAGCUUCAAGAGAAACAGCACCAAAAUUUUGGGAUCAAAGAGAUGAAUUUGUUAUAAGAUAUUUAAAACAAAUUUUGGAACAUGAUAUAUCACCAGGAACUCAAGCUACUUGGGUUGUAUUUUGUUUUUGGGUCCCAUCUCAUAUGGAUUAUAGAAGAUUUCAAAAAGUUAUCGAUGAGAUAUUAAAUUUUAAAUUAGAUCCAAAAUCAGAUUCUGCUUUCAAAGAUACUGCAAGAAUAACUUAUGCAAAAACAGUUUUAGGUACUAUAUCAUGGAGAUAUCCAAAUUCAGAUUUAAUAUUAGAUGAAUGUGUUUUAAAUAUAAAUCAUAAAUAUAAUACAGUUAGAAAUGAAAUUGGUGGAUUAUUAAGUACAAUUUCACAAAAUUAUUAUAUGGAUGGAUUUAAAGAUUCAGAAACUUUUAUAAAUUCAAAUGAAUUAAUUCAAGAUAAUAAAUUAAUACAAGUUAUACCAGAAUUAUUUGAAAAAGUUGAAGAGUAUAGAUUACAAGUCAUUGGAUUAACUCCACAAGAAAUUUUAACUACUAACUAUAUAUAUCUGGCAACAACUUUAUUAAAAUGGUUAAGACAAACUCUCAAUACUAAUAUGUCAGUUGUAUUACAAAAGUUUUCAUCAACAUUAAUUGUUCCAUUUUUGUUGGAGCUUAUAAAUAUGAAAGAAGUGUGUCAAUUAGGUAAUAUUGAUCCAAUUACAGUUUUAAAACAUGUAAGUCAAAUUACAUACACGAAAGAUGAAUUACAUAAUAUUCUUGUAAUGUUGGAUCAAUACUCCAAAAAGGAGUUAAAUAUUGUUCAAUCAAUUGUUAUUGGAGAAUUUACAGAGACUGUAUUUUUUAAAAACUUAUUCAUAUUAUCAAAAUUACAACGUGAAACAAUAAUUAAUAUUACAAUAUCAUUAUUAUAUAGUAAACAUCUAGAGGUAAGAGAAGCAGAAGCACAUACAUUAUCAGGACUCAUUCAUAUGUUACCAGAUGACACAAUAGUCCCCAAAUUUAUUAAUGUCUUUUCAAAUCAAUUAGAAUCUUUAAGGUCAAAAUAUAAAAGAGAUUUCAAAUCAAUAACAUCUGAAGAUAUGAUAAAAUUACACGGAUCAACAUUAGGUCUUGGGUCAUUAGUUCAUGCUUUUUCAUUUGCUUCACCUCCACCAAAAUGGGUUCCUGAUAUUUUAACAAUAAUAGCUAACAAUUCAACUGGUAUACCUGGAAUAGUUGGUAAAACUGGUAAAGAAAUAUUAAGUAAAUUUAGAAAAGAUCGUCAAGACUCAUGGCAUAUUGAUAGUCAUGUAUUUAAUGAUGAUCAUUUAUUAGCAUUAGAAGGUGUCUUAUGGAGAAGUUAUUUUGUAUAG